AUCGGGUUCCGUCUCAGUCGGUAGACACAGUUGACCAGACAAGUCAAAUCGUUACGGAUAACAAUAAUUUGUCUAAGCAGAAAAAAAACCAAUAACGGGAUAAAAAACCAUUUGCACUUGUUUAAAAAAACAACGAUCUUAAUUAUAAACUCAAAAAAAUUGCAACAUCAGAAGAAAUCAGACCCUAUAGCUCUGUAAACCAUUGUGGAUAAUUUAUAAAUCGUUCUGCAUCAGAAGGAAGGACAGAAAAUCGGGCGAGCUUGUUAAGUAAGUUGAGCGAGCAAAGAAGAGUUUUGCAGGAUGAGCAGCUCGUGGUAUCUGCAACAUGUGACCACUGGCCAGCGACACAUCCUGCACAACGGGCCCAACUUGGUGGGUCGCCACUCGCGGUGCAAGAUAGUCCUGUCUGGAACAUAUGAAUUUGUGUCCCGGGAGCACGCCAACAUCAUCGUCAGUGAUAAUGAAGUGGUGGUGCAGUCAAUGAAUGCCUUGAAUGGUAUCUUUAUCAAUGACGGUAAACUAAGCGAAAAGAUCAAGCGCUUGGCCGUGGCAGAGGGCUCCACCAUCAGCCUGGGCGUCACGGGAAUGCCACUCGAGAAAGUCAAGAGCAUUCAUGCCAUUUUCCUGCUGAAGAAAAUGCAGCCCACGGCCCAUGAAAUCAUCCUCUCCUCCGACGAUGACGAUACAACGCCACUGCCUGCUGUGCGAUUCCCCAUUGCCGGUCAACCCACAGAAUUUAAUCUCAAGGAGCAAAUACCAAGCAUUGCCCUUAAGGACACCAGUGUGAAGGAGGAGGAAGAGGAGGAGCAGCCCCCCAGUCCUGGCUUGCACUUGCCUAAAAUAACAGAGGUAAAGCAAGAGAUCGUAAAGCAAACCACCGCGGAGAUAGAAAACAUCUUCGGGGAGCCGAACGAUGCCAUUCUCGACUCUGUUCUGGAAUUGAAUCCAUAUUUGUACAACCAGCUAAACAAAAAAUCGGCGAGCAGUGCCGCCACCCAAACAAAAAUUCUCGAUGGGGACUGUAUUGAACUGGAAACGAAUGCGGAUAAGAAGAGAACGUCGGAGGCACAGCCAAAUUCCAAGGCGUUUGAGCCCGAUAAGCAUGCAGAUGGGGAACGCGUUUCAGCACCGCAGGAAGUGGUCGACGAGGAUGAGUACGACGAGCGUUAUGCCUUGUCUCAGGCAGUACUCAAGGAAAUAAAGGCCGAAAUGGCCUUUAGCGAUGGCGAAGAGGAUUUCCUAGAAUCGAAUGGCGUGGGGAACGUAGUUCAAGGUUCUCCAUCGUCUAAUACCUACGAUGACAUCGUCUAUAUUAGCGACUCGGAUGAUGAUGAACUGAAUGACAAGGUGGCCGACUGGUCCAAGUUGCUUAGCCAAAAGGUUGUUCCAGAUGUCAUCGAAAUGUCGCAGACAUACCCGGUGUUGGAGGAGGAUUCGGAUUCAGAUCUUGGCAUUGGAGCAAAACAUCCAACGAGGGCUUUACGUAUACAGUCCUCCAGCGAGGACGAAACUUCCGAUGAGUUGAUUGCACCGCAGAUGGAACGAGGUCGCUCCAAAAACAAGUCCCUUAACGAUCGUGUUGUGCGCCAGGCUGAUAGCACGACUCCCGAUCCUUCUCCGAUUCGAAAAUGUUCGGUACGCUUGAAAAAAGAAAAAACAACCGACAAUGUCAGCUCCACUGCAGAUGAUGAACACUCGCUUGAGGCAGAGGACAAAAUCAGCCCUAAACUAAAAUCUUGUUUAAAAACUCCGAGCAAGACAUUGGCAGAUGACAAGAACAAAAAAGCGGAGACCAAGAAGUCCUCAGUUCGGCAGCGACGCCAAACAAUCGCAUCCCGAGAUGAAUUAGCACAUAUAAGCCCACGACAGGAUGAGACUAAUAAGACACAACUUCACAUCACUUCUCGGGAUGACUUAGCUAAAUCCAGCAAGGCAAAUGAGGAAACCAAAGAAGCUCCAAAAGAUAUAGUUCAGACACCCAAAAAAGUACUGCGCAGUCGUUCAAAAUCCUGCUACAUGGAUCGUCCAGAAGAAUUAGGGGAACCUCUAAGCAAAAAAGAAAAGAAUCCUAAGAAGAACAAUGAAAAUUCGAUUAACAGCCUUACAGAAUUGGUGGUAACUCUAGAGGCUCCGGAAAAGUUGAAGACGUCUACCAAAUCAAAAAACAAAAAAGUUGAAGGAAAAAAAACCACGUCUCGCGGCAGACCCAAAAAAUUAAAGAGUAUAGAAGAAUUCGAGUCGUUAACGACUGAAGUUAAGGAAACUGAACCGAUGGCCAAAUCAAAAGUUUCUCCUUCUAAACAGGGCAAUGAUAAAGUUCCUAUUCCAGCCGAAAGCCUCCUUAAAAAGAGCCCGCGCCUACUCAACCGAUCGAAAUCGUGCUAUACAGAUCGUCCUGGGAUUACGGAAGCCUAUUAUCCUGACAAGCUAUCUCCAGCCAAAUGCGAUGCAUCUGGGAGACUUGAGAACUCUAAUGAGAAGAGGAUGACACACGAGGCUCCAUCCUUUGCCAAGAAUCGUGGCAAGUUGCAAGGGGUGCUGGCAGCCAAAGCCAAAGAUAUGGUAUUAGAGCGCCAGCGUCUUAUCGACUACCAAGCCGACUUGAACGCCAAGUGGAAACAAAAGCCCAAGGACAAGAAAAAAGAAGACGAAAAAAUAAAGCAAAAUCGCCGCGAAGCUCUUAAGAAGCUGUCUGACAAACCCAAGGAAAAGGACAAUAGCUCGAGAACUAGUAAGAGAAAGCAUUCCACAACUGUUCCUACCGUUCUCAAUACCAACCGAGGCGAAUUCCUAACCAAAGAAGUGGGUGGCCCACCAACAAAAGUGGCAAAGACGGAUAAAGCUAAGCCAGUGCCCAAGAAACUCACUCCUCCCCGCCACCCAACUGCUGAGACAUUCUCCCAGCAGCUCAAGGCAGCUGAUGAAACCUUACUUUAUCCGCAGCCACAUUCUUAUCGCCCAGCGGAACGUAAAGGAGCAGAGCAGGCGAGGAACCAGCGCACCUGCAACAAGGUUACCUUUGCCGAGAUGGAACUCUACAAUAAAAAAAAAGAGGAGUUAAAUAACAUUCAGAGGAAGCUCAGAAAAGUGCAUUUCAAUGAUGAUGUCGUGAUACACUACAUCGAAAAGGUCCAGGGCGCCCGAGCCCAACUGCAUGGACGCAAGGAGUGCAUAAAGCUCUUCCUAAGCACGUACCACGAACGCCGCGAAUGGACUCGCAAGGGUAAAAAACCGGUGAACGACAUCCGUCAACACACACGAAGUAUCCUGCGGUGGGCUAACCAGUGGCUAAAGCUUGGUAGUGUAGACGCAGUCGCCGACCAAGAUACUAUACUACCGAUUUCAAAUGAAUUUGAUUCUUUCAAGCACUAUAUAGAGACGUUUGUACCGUUGAUGAAGCUGGAGCUGCUGUCCUCCAUCGAAAGGGACUACAGGAUGAACACAGAGACUUUUGUUGUCAGCUUAAAAAACGUGUACAUCCAGGAUAAUUGCUACCGUUUGGUUACCAGAGUCAAUAACAGGCCUAUUGCAAAAUUUGUACUGUAUACCCUUUCGGGAGGCAGCCAAGUAACCGAGACGUUUGCCAAUCUGCUAGAUAUUAAGUGUGUCGGAGGCAACGCGUUUGAGUUUCUGUUUGAGAUCCUGAUGCAGAAUAUAACCGAGGACCAGAUCAACAGCGUUAAGCAGUGGACCGCCCGUCCAGUCGUCGACAGUAUAAGGGUGGAGUUGGGGGCCUUGAGUGCCGUCCAUCAGCUCCCCAGCUCGCCGCUCUGUCGUCGCAUCCUGAAGCCCACGCAGACUAUAAGUGAGAUCUCACUACCAAAGCAGGCGUUCACCUUCAAGGGUUGCACGAAGAUGAACGAGCAUCAGGAGAAUAUUUGCCUACGCACCUAUCAGCGAGUCAUCGAUGAUUUGAAGCCGAGUAUCACACUGAUCCAGGGCCCACCCGGGACGGGCAAGUCGAAGGUUAUUUCCGAACUAUGUCUUCAGACUCUGUACGGAAAUGCUGCCAAGACGCUGGACCGUAAGAUCUUGAUUUGUACUCAUUCCAACACGGCCGUAGACCACAUUGUUGGUCUCCUGGGUGGGGUUGUGCGCGUGAUGAGCCACGACCGCUUCAACCUACUGCGUUUCGGGUUGCACGAAAAGAUGAGCAAUUACUCUCGACCCUUCUCGCUGGAGGCGCAUUUCGAUAAAGCCAAGAAGCUGAAGUUGAAGCGCCUAACUCCGGAGAACGUUGAAGUUUUAAAGAAGCAGCACAUGGAUCUUAAGGCUGAGAUCCUUCAGCUGAAGCAAAAGGCGAAUCUCACGGGCACAUAUCUGCAGCAGCAGUUGAAACAGAAAGAACGGCAGCUCCACUUAAUCAGCGAGCAACUGAAUCCACCGCUAACAUCGCGUGAGGAGCUUGAAAUUUCUCAUACGUGUGUGGCCAAGGCCAAUAUCAUCUGCACCACUCUCUCCUCGUGUGUGAAACUGGCCAACUAUGUGGACUUCUUCGACAUCUGCAUCAUCGACGAGGCCACCCAAUGCACAGAGCCCUGGACAUUGCUGCCCAUGAGAUUUGGUCUAACGCAUCUCGUUCUGGUGGGCGACACCCAGCAACUUCCGGCAGUGGUGCUAUCCAAAAAGGCCAUAGACUUUGGACUGUCUAAUUCCAUGUUCGAUCGCAUUCAGCGCAGUCUACAACAGCAGCUGGAUAAGCCAGGAGGCAAUCAGUUUGUGCACACGAAACUAUUUAAGCUGAGCAUGCAGUACCGCAUGCAUCCAGAGAUUUGUCGUUGGCCCAAUAAGUAUUUCUACGAGGAUCAGUUGGUAAAUGCCGACUCCACCGCCCGUUUUGCCUCGGCUGUCAUUCCAUACUGUGUGAUCAAUUUGAGAUACACCCAGGACAUCAGUGGCGCUCAAAACAAAAGUAUUAGCAACGACGAGGAGGCUCGCUUUGUGGCCAAACUUCUGACUGAGAUGGACAAACACUUGCCCACCAAACGCUACAGCUACGGCAUAAUCUCGCCGUACCAAAGCCAAUGUUUUGCCUUGAGCCAAGUGAUUCCCAGUCACAUGAACCUCACUCCUUUGACUGUGGACGCGUAUCAAGGUUUGGAGAAGGAUGUGAUCAUAAUUUCCAAUGCCAGGACACGCGGUUGGGGCUUCCUCACCAACUAUCAGCGCCUCAACGUGGCUCUGACCAGACCGAAGCGUUGUUUGGUCAUUUGUGGGAAUUUUGAUGAUCUGAAGUCUGUGGACAUGUGGCGUAACUUACUCGACGACGCUCGCAACCGGAAAGUUUACUUCGAUUUGGAGCGCAAGCAUGUCGACGACCUACAGAACUCCUUAAUCAAAAAGAUGCUGGUUAAACCUAUAGACCUUCUUUAAGGGAAACAGCUAAAAAAAAAACCCUCCAAAAACAAAUGAAGCGACUAUGACACAUGUUUAGCUUUAGAAAUGCCUUAAGUGCCAUGGAAGAUAAUCGCUUCCCGUUAAGUUUAUGAAAUAAAAUUGUUUUUUUUAUA